AUGGCCAGCACCUUCAUACCAGGGCUGAACCCUCAGAACCCUCAUUAUAUCCCGGGGUACACUGGACACUGUCCACUACUUCGGUUCAGCAUGGGCCAGACCUACGGGCAGAUGACUGGGCAGCUACUUCGCGGCUCUCCUGGCCUAGCCUGGCCCCCCGCCCACCGCACACUUCUGCCUCCCCUUCGGGCUCCAAGAUCUCCCGAGGUUCCCAAGAAAAGCCCGCCUGUCAGGCGUGGCCAUGAAAGGCUCAGCUCCAGCAUGAUCCCUGGGUACACAGGUUUUGUACCCCAGGCACAGUUCAUCUUUGCUAAGAACUGCAGCCAGGUCUGGGCUGAGGCUCUGAGUGAUUCUACUCAGUGGCAUGGGGGACAGGGGAGUCAGGAGCUGCCGAAGGAGGCCAAGGGAGAAAAAGACGUGGAGAAAGACCAAGAGCCAAAGCUGGAGGCAGAGCUGGAGACGGAAAAGGAGCCAGAGCUCAGGCAGGAGGCAGAAAAAGCUUCCCCUUACUCCAUGGAUGACAGAGAUCCUCGCAAGUGCUUCAUGUCAGGCUUCACUGGUUAUGUGCCCCGUGCUCGCUUCCUCUUCGGUUCCAGCUUCCCUGUGCUCAGCAACCAGGCACUGCAGGAAUUUGGACAGAUGAAAUUAGGGGGCAGAUCCCAGAGGAAUCCUAAACAUCUCCCCCCACUUUCUAGGACCUACCCUCAGAACCUGGGCCUUUUACCUAAAUAUGGGGGCUACGUGCCAGGGUAUAAGUUCCAGUUCGGCCGCACAUAUGGGCAUCUCACCCAUGAUGCUCUGGGCCUCAGCACCCUCCAGAAGCAGCUCUUGGCGUAG